CAUAUGGUGAGAGCGAGGUGAGACCGGCACAAGUUUUUUGCACUAGGUCAACCAGCGAGUCCUAGAGACUGGUCACAAUAAAAAUCUACUGGAAUUCAAGGAUACAGCGCGGACACUAUCUAACUAAAAGGAAACAAGAACAUGGCACCCAGCCUGUCCACAGCGUACCGGAGACGGUGGUGGAUGGCCGUGACGGCGGUCAUCGAGAAUCUGCUCUUCUCCGCCGUGCUGCUGGGAUGGGGCUCGCUGCUCAUCAUGCUGAAGAAGGAAGGCUUCUACUCCCACCUGUGUGCAGAAGAGAACCAGACAGGCGGCAGCAACCUGACGUCCCUGGAGAGCGGGGAGUGGCAGAGCUGUGUGGACCAGGAGGAGAUGCUCAACCUGGGCUUCACAAUCGGCUCCUUCCUGCUGAGCGCCGCAACACUUCCACUUGGCAUCCUCAUGGACAGAUACGGGCCCCGUCCUCUCAGGCUGACCGGCAGUGCGUGUUUCGCUGCCUCCUGUGCCAUGAUAUCUGCAGCAGCCUAUAAUCCUGAAGUACUGUCGCCCAUCAUCUUCCUCGCUGUGUCCUUCAACGGCUUCGGAGGAAUCUGCCUCACUUUUACCUCACUUACUCUGCCUAACAUGUUUGGAAACGUGCGCUCCACCAUCCUCUCCCUGAUGAUCGGCUCGUAUGCGUCCUCUGCUGUGACCUUUCCAGGUGUCAAGCUGAUAUACGACCUGGGAGUGUCCUUCCGGGUCAUCAUGUGGGUCUGGUCUGGGAUGGCCUGCCUGGUGUUCCUCAACUGCUUCCUGAACUGGCCCGCAGAGUCCUUCCCUGCGCCAGAAGACAUCCGAUACACGAAAAAGGUGAAGCUGAGUGGCGUAAUGAUAGAGGACAAGAUGACAGGGGACAGGUCCUCCUACACCCAUGUGUCCACCGUGGAGACCACCAACAGCCCCCAAGUAGACGAGCCCACCCAACCCGGCUCACAGCCGCAGGGCGCUGUUCCCCUCUCUCACUCCGUCUGCUCUCCCAUCUUCCUGUGGAGUCUCAUCACCAUGGCGAUGACCCAGCUAAGGCUCAUCUUCUUCAUGGGAGCCAUGAACAAGAUGCUGGAGUACUUGGUCACCCACGGCGAACCGUAUCCAUCUGAAGAGCUGCUUCUGCAGUCCGAGGAACAAGUGGGGUUCUACUCUUCCAUAUUUGGCUCUCUGCAGCUGCUGUGCCUGCUGACCUGCCCCCUGAUUGGCUACAUCAUGGACUGGAGGCUGAAGGAGUGCGAGGAAGAAGAGGCGGACGUCCUCGCUCUCACAGAAAAAAUCCAAUCAGUUUCCCCGAAGAGAGAUAAGAAAAUCCAAAAGUUAACCAACGCUCUGAGAGCGUUCAUCUUCACCAAUCUUCUGCUCGUCACAUUUGGAAUUAUUUCUUUGAUUGACAACUUGCCCAUACAGGUGGUGUCGUUCGUCCUCCACACAGUGGUCCGAGGCUUCAUCCACUCCUGCUGUGGGGGUCUGUAUGCGGCCGUCUAUCCGGCCAACCACUUUGGGACGCUGACCGGUAUGCAGUCUAUGGUCAGUGCCUUGUUUGCUCUGCUCCAGCAGCCUUUGUUCAUGCUGAUGGUGGGACACCUCAAUGGAGACCCGUUCUGGAUCAAUGUCAGCCUGCUCGGUUUCUCUUUGGCUGGCUUCCUGCUGCCUGGCUACCUGUUUUAUCACCGUAGAAAUCUGUCGAAGGAGAAGAAGAAGCGGGAACAAUUAUCAAACAAAGAGAAGACCCCUCUGAAUGUAGCGAACCCAAGCAAUGCUGGAGUCCAAGUCAAAGGUCACACAACCAACAGACAAGCUGCCAAUGGACUCACGGCAUAGACCAACUCUGCUGUUUUGAGAUAGGUGGAAUAGCAUCCGGUAUUGGCCAGAGAUAUGGACUCAAGUCACAUGACCUGGACUCGAGUCAGACUCGAGUCAUGAUUUUGAUGACUUCAGACUUGACUUGACAAAAUGACGCAUGACUUGCGACUCGACUUAGACUUGACUGCUAUUGAAUUGAGACUUGACUCAGACUUUGCCUCUUUGACUUGUAAUGACUCGAACUGUCUUGAGUCAAAAACAUUUAUUGUUUUAGAUAUCUAACAUAUUUCCUGCUUGGAGGGCUAGACUCCCAAGACGCAUUCACUUCCGUGAAGAUGAAAAAAAAACAGCUAGCGAAGACAAAUCUACACUUGUAUCUUCAAUCAUUUCAAAACAAAAUUUCGAUAUAAUUUAUGCUUUCUUCAGUAUUCGCAGUUUAAGUUUCAUAACGGCUUUGUUUCAGUUGGUCUCAUUGAUUUACGUUGACGCUGGGGGUGAGGACGUUCAGGAGUCUUGCCAAAUUGGGCGGUUUUUGCCGCCCUAUUGGGCUACAUUUUGAGGAUGUUAAGGCAGUGUUGCCAUAUUGGGCGGUUUUUCCCACCCUAUUGGGCUACUUUUCACAACAUAAGGAUUUUGGCGCAUGCGCAUAUCAUAACACAUUUGAAGACAGAAACAAUGACCAUAUUAUAACUCUAUUGAUAAGAAAUGGGCUCUCAUGUCUCACACAUUUGGCGUGAGACACACGCAAUUCAACCCAUGCACAGGCUGACACGCCACACUUCGUAUUUCUCACGCAGAGAAAUUACCAGGAUAGCGCCCACCAAUUUGCGCCGCUAUUUAAGGCUUCGUGCCCACUGCACCGUCACGCCUCGUGCCCACUACCUCCGUGCGUUGACUGAUCCCCAUUGACUUUGAAUGGGGACAGACGCGCAAUGCAUUGUGGAUC